GAAGAAUUCCUAGUAUUUAAGAAGAUACUUUGGAAUUUAAUAGAUAAGGGAUUUAUUCGGGCUAAAGCCUUAGCCCUAAUAUUAUUCGUAAAGAAACUAGGAAGCAGUGUACGUAUUUAUAUUAAUUAUAGAGGAAUUAAUAACAUUACCUUUAAAUCUCACUACUUACUCCCGUUUAUUAAGAAGACUUUAAACGCAAUUUACUACAUAAAAGUUUUUAUAAAAUUCAAUAUAAUUAUAGCAUUUAAUAGAAUCCGAAUAAAAUAG